CUGACUUCAGCCUCGCUGGUCUCUUGAGUAAGCCUGGAAAUGGGUAGAAUUUUUCUUUGCUGGACCAUUGCCAAAAUGACUAGGACUAGUUUUCUAGAUUAGUAUAUGAAACAUGACUGCUACAUCUUUGUACUGUGUGUGAUUACCAUUAUUGAGAAAGAAUAUCGGUCAACAUGGUUGCUCCGUGUCAGGGAUUUUUACUUUUACUUUUGAAUGGUGUACAAGUAAUUUCAAAUUACUAAAAGGCGAUAAUAUGAUUUUUUUUAAGUUGAUUCCUGCUUGCAUGGAGUAUUAAUAAAUUUUUUCUAAGUUCAGUAUGCUACAUCGCGUUACUUUUUCUAAUAUGUUGUGAGUGCCCAAUAUAGUUUGUUCUUAACCUUAUUACUGAUGAGUGUAUAUAAUAGAAGACUGGUAGACCUCUGUUUGUGGGUUUCCUUGAAUUAUUUUGUAAUCUGUUGGUGUAAAAUUUAACGAGGGGCUUCAAUUCUGCCUUCUGAGGAAGCUUCUCUGACGGAGAACAGGAAGAUAGGGUUUGAGAAUGAUGUUAGAUCAAAUCUUACCAUCUAUUUCGGAAGAGUUCACCACCUUUUAAUGUAGUUUUGGUCACGGCAUACUCGUAAUAGGAAAAUUGGUUGUCGCCCUAUUACAAAUGCUUACCCUAGAAGGAGGGAUAGGAUCCCUGUGAGAAUUGAUUGCCCCCACUAAGAUAAGAGAUCAUCAGACUGGCAUUGCUCCCUUAUAGAUAUACCAUUAUAUGGCCCUUGUUGAGUAGACUACCCUUGAAUUAGACAUCUUCUUCUCUAAACCUUAUCAAAAGGGCUAAAUGCCUAAUCGGGUUGAGGAAUGCAAUAUACUCGACCGAAGGUUGAGGAAUGCAAUAUACUCGACCGAAGGUUGAGGAAUGCAAUAUACUCGACCGAAGGUUGAGGAAUGCAAUAUGGAGAUUUAGCUGGGUGAUGCUAUUCAGGGUACAUCUAGUUUGUAGCCCAUGCUACAUACACAGAACUCCUUUUUGUCUGGAGAACAAACAUUCACCAAGUUUAGGUACUUCCCCUCAGAUGUGAGCUCAUCAAUAAAACCUAUCAAAAUCAGCCCAUAACAUCAAUAAAGCCUAUCAAAAUCAGCCCAUAAAUCUAACUUGUAAUGUCUCUUCGUCUCUGUCGAGCCCUGAAUUCCUUGUGGAUCAAUUUGCUCUUCAUUUUCAGCCUCAUAGCUUGGUAGCAAGACUUGAUAUCUUGGGUAGCUGUUCAUACGCUGGAUUCGGUUGAUAUAUGUACAUUGGGUAAUUGAAAUGGUAUUCUUUUAGAUCGAACUUUAUAGAUAUGCAGUUCUGGUAGGGACUGUUGUUAGUUAGCCAACCGUGUGAAAAGAUUGUUUCAUUUUCUAAGCAUGUUAUACGUGCUUGCCUUUCUAUCUCUUAAAUCCAAGUCCAUAGUCAUUAAUUACGCUUAUGUUAAGGUCUGGUUAGCAUUAUAUUGCUUAUGCCUGCAAAUAUUUGCUCCUUGUGCCCUUAUUGGGUUACUAGUCAGAUCUUUGCCAAUUGGUGGAUAUCGCCAGUCUUUCCUCUGAAUAUUGAGUUAAUAAUCUGAGGUUAGAGAGUUUCUGGGUAAACAAUUUUCAACAAACAAGCUACGGCCUUAUUAUGUUGGUUUCUUUUGGUCAUUAUAACUGUCAUGUCUUUCUGAUGAAAAUAUGAUGAUCUCUGUUCUUCUUCUUUUCUUUUAGCAUUGAAUGAUGCACUGAAAGAGGAAAUCCAGCAUUUGAAGUUACUAACGGGACAAGGCAUGGCCAACGGAGGACAAAUGAUGAACUUCCCUCCUUACGGAGCAAGCCAGCAGCAAUACUACGCCAACAACCAGUCCUCCAUGCAUACCCUUCUAGCUGCCCAGCAAUUCCAGCAGCUCCAAAUUCAUUCUCAGAAGCCGCAGCAGCAGCCACAGCCACAGCACCACCAGUUCCAACAGCACCACCACCUCCAUCAGCAGCUUCAGCAUCAUCAACAGCUACAGCAGGAACAGCACCUGCAGCAAGCCGGGGAUUUGAAGAUGCGAGGUGGAGCAGCGUCUACUAUGGGCUCGUCGAUGCAGAAAGAUAAUAAUGGAGCGGAUCUCCUUAACCCAGAUGGGAAAAAGGAUUGAUGAGACGCGAGAGGCUGAUGAAGAUGAAGAAGAUAACUAACAAUUUGAUUGAUUGCCAUUUGUUUGCUAGAGAGAAUUCAGAUUUAGGGGUUUUGCUUUCCCUUGUGAUGCAGGCGUGUAAUGGUUCCCAGUAUGUUUAGUAGUCUCCCCCCCAUUCCAUUUGUUGUUAGCAGCAGUUUGGUUCUAUCUUGCUGUAAGAUCAUGAUUUGUUGUUUUAGCCCUGGAGAACCAAAUGUUAUAUCAUGUUUUCAUAUACAUGGAAAGAGACAAGGAUGUAGACUGUAGAUGGUAAGUUUAACUUAUAGCACCUUAAUGUUUCUUGGGGGUACUUUCCUUGAUGACAUAGAAUAUGGCUCAUCUCUAUCAGUUGGUUUUAUUUUAAUCCAACUUGUUUAAGUUAGAAUUCAACUUAGGAAGGAAGAAAUCUGACAGCAUUCAUUCAAAUUAGUACCUUAAGGGUCAUAUACAUCAUAUGGACCGUAACGCGCAUAACUCGACCUAAUUUCACUCAACAUCAGUCUCUUCUAAAUUGAACUAGAGUUCUUCAUUGUUAGAAAACUUCACCUUGAGUUGGUUGUACUAUUUUGCAUUAAUAUGUAGAAUUUUAGAGACAGACUAGAUAGUUUGUUCGUGCUUUUACCAACAACAGUCCAUGUAUCAGUAUCACACAACAUAAUGAGAAAACAAGAGCACAAAUGAAAUUCAUUAGUACACAUUGAUAAAAAUUGUCCUGAAAU